GGACACGAUCGCUCUUUUUCCCCCAGCGCUGCCCGCAUCUUCGAAGACGCCAUGGCGACAGCCGCGAUGACGCCGUCAGCAUCGGCCUCGUCAUCUUCAGCGUCGUCAUUGCCACGAACGACGACGAGGCUCAAAGUUCUCUCCCUCAACGUAUGGGGCCUCGCAUUCUUCUCCAAGAAGCGAGACGUCCGUAUCCCUGCCAUCGCUCAGCAGCUCGCCGCAUCAGACUACGACAUUGUUGCGCUGCAGGAGAUGUGGUGCGAGAGCACCGACUGGAGAGACUUGCGGACCCGAUGUUCCGGCCGCUUUCCCUACAGCAAAUUCUUCUAUGGCGGCGCCUUCGGGUCAGGCCUCGCCUUCCUCUCGAGACAGCCCAUCGUAGCGACGCAGACACACCCGUAUAGCCUCAAUGGGCACCCGAUCUUUGUGCACCAUGGCGACUGGAUCGCCGCAAAGGCGGCUGGUUGCGUCACCCUCUCUGUCGAGGGUUUAGGGCUCGUCGAUGUCUGGAACACGCACACGGUCGCAGCGGGGGGCGAAGAUGGCCCAGAGAGCAGGAGAGCCCACCGAGUGUCUCAGGCUUAUGAGCUCGCCUCGUUUGCCAGGCUGAGUGCCGAGAGAGGCCACCAUGUCAUCUGCUGCGGCGACUUCAACAGCACUCCACCAUCCCUCUCCAUUGCUGUACUCCAGGACGUUGCUGGCCUGACUGAUGCCUACAGCGCCGCCAACCCGGAGCGUUCGGCCCAUGCGACGUCGCUUCCCAACCAGCGCAGCUUGAGGCGGCCCGAUCCCCGUCGGUGUAUCCACGAGCUAGGGGUGACAUGCGACUCGCCCAUCAACACCUGGACCGCCGGCAAGAAGCUCGACGAGCGGGCACUCAAGGGUGCAGGCAAGCGUCUCGACUACAUCUUCUUCCGUGGGCCUGCCAAGGGCACAGCAGCCACGGGCCCAGAGUCAAAAGUCAAGCUGCAGUGUACCCAGGCUAGAGUCUGUUUCACCGAGCUCGUCCCUGGACAUGAGGUCUCGUACAGCGAUCACUUUGGUCUCGAGGCCUCGUUUGAUAUCGUCCAGGAUCAGGCGCAAGAGUCUCAAGACGCUUUCACACUCUCGCCCAAGAUGGCUCAGACGCUCACGGCUUCGCUCUCUGCUUUUUCCUCUGGUCUCGUCAUCGCCCGUCGUUCGCAGCACGUUCAUUUUCUGGGCUUUGUCGCCGCUGUCGCGCUCGCUAUUUUCUUUGUUGGCUUCUCCGCCAGCAAGACCCUCGGUCGUGGUGGGCUCGCAGCCGUGUGGACAUUCUUGGCCAUCGCCUGCGGCUGGGCAGGCACAACGCUGCUUUACAGUGCCGUGGUGUGGGGCGAAUGGGAGAAACGCACCUACCGAACGUUCCUGGAAGCUAUGGAGCUCGAACUGAACAUCUAUCGUCGUCAAGAGGAGGAGUGGUCGGCCAGCAGGCAAUCGCCCAGCACGAGAAAGGCUGAGCUGGCCGCGUCAGCAUCCUCGGCCAACGGCAGCACCGCGUCUGCCCACGAGGCUGGCCCAGCCUCGUCUAAAGAAGAGAGCCUCGUCAGCAUCGACCCCGAAGACGGCGGGGCUGGGAGCACAUCGAACGGAGCCUCUUCGGAAACCAAUCUCAUUUGAGAGAAUGUCAUCUGAUAGUCGGUCGACGUGUCAUGCUUGUCUUCUGCUUUCAUUUUCUUCCAUCAUUAAUUUACAGUGACGUAGUGAUCGGU